AUGGGUGUUCACGGGUCCCUGCCUCUGGAAGGGGCGCCCGAGCCAGAAACCGAACGGGAAGACACCCGUCCUGAGGCGAACGUAGCUGACGAAGGUGCUCCGGAGGAGCCGACCGAGGACGAGACAUUGACGUCUGCGCUCGCAGCAGACCAGCCUGACGUGUCCGGUGACACAUGGCCCUUAAGCUCGGGACAAGAGGAAGACGUGGAGUCCCCUGACGAGGAGGAAGGGGCGCCCGAGCCAGAAACCGAACGGGAAGACACCCGUCCUGAGGCGAACGUAGCUGACGAAGGUGCUCCGGAGGAGCCGACCGAGGACGAGACAUUGACGUCUGCGCUCGCAGCAGACCAGCCUGACGUGUCCGGUGACACAUGGCCCUUAAGCUCGGGACAAGAGGAAGACGUGGAGUCCCCUGACGAGGAGGAAGGGGCGCCCGAGCCAGAAACCGAACGGGAAGACACCCGUCCUGAGGCGAACGUAGCUGACGAAGGUGCUCCGGAGGAGCCGACCGAGGACGAGACAUUGACGUCUGCGCUCGCAGCAGACCAGCCUGACGUGUCCGGUGACACAUGGCCCUUAAGCUCGGGACAAGAGGAAGACGUGGAGUCCCCUGACGAGGAGGAAGGGGCGCCCGAGCCAGAAACCGAACGGGAAGACACCCGUCCUGAGGCGAACGUAGCUGACGAAGGUGCUCCGGAGGAGCCGACCGAGGACGAGACAUUGACGUCUGCGCUCGCAGCAGACCAGCCUGACGUGUCCGGUGACACAUGGCCCUUAAGCUCGGGACAAGAGGAAGACGUGGAGUCCCCUGACGAGGAGGAAGGGGCGCCCGAGCCAGAAACCGAACGGGAAGACACCCGUCCUGAGGCGAACGUAGCUGACGAAGGUGCUCCGGAGGAGCCGACCGAGGACGAGACAUUGACGUCUGCGCUCGCAGCAGACCAGCCUGACGUGUCCGGUGACACAUGGCCCUUAAGCUCGGGACAAGAGGAAGACGUGGAGUCCCCUGACGAGGAGGAAGGGGCGCCCGAGCCAGAAACCGAACGGGAAGACACCCGUCCUGAGGCGAACGUAGCUGACGAAGGUGCUCCGGAGGAGCCGACCGAGGACGAGACAUUGACGUCUGCGCUCGCAGCAGACCAGCCUGACGUGUCCGGUGACACAUGGCCCUUAAGCUCGGGACAAGAGGAAGACGUGGAGUCCCCUGACGAGGAGGAAGGGGCGCCCGAGCCAGAAACCGAACGGGAAGACACCCGUCCUGAGGCGAACGUAGCUGACGAAGGUGCUCCGGAGGAGCCGACCGAGGACGAGACAUUGACGUCUGCGCUCGCAGCAGACCAGCCUGACGUGUCCGGUGACACAUGGCCCUUAAGCUCGGGACAAGAGGAAGACGUGGAGUCCCCUGACGAGGAGGAAGUUUCAACGCAGUCAGAAAGUGCAGUGGAAUAUUAUACUGAAUACCUUGCAGAUGCUACUGAGGAACCAGCUGUGCAGGAGAAGAUCACAUUUGAUGAAGGAAUUUUAAUGUUUAUAUUAUUGUUUUGUAGCUUUUGUGUGAUUUUUGUUGUAUUAUAUAAAUCUACCCUUGAUGAGAUAUUGCGGGGUUAAUUGGUAUAUACUGCGUUGUAUCCAUUUGUUAAUUGUUUCCCCCUCAAUUCAUUAAACCCGUCUUUAUAGCUCAAAAAUAUGUGAUUUGUAUUUGUAUAGAUUGUGUUUGGGUUCUUAACCUACGUUUUCUCUUAUUUCAGAAGUAUUUGUCAUCCUGUUUCUAUGGGUUUUUUUUUUUAUAAUUGUAUAUGUUAAUUUUUACAGUGAUUUCGACAAAAAUAUUUGAUUAAAAGGAAUAGUGUGUUGGUUUUUGUUA